CUUCAUUUUUAAAAUUUUUUUUUACUAAAAAGGAGUUCAUAGCGCGUUGCUGAGAAAAUUGGAAGAUUUUUCACGGAAAAAGGAGGAAGCAAAAGGAAAAUAAAAAAGGGCCUGGCGGUCGCAUUGGGUCGUUGAGAUUUUUAAUUGGGUCAUCCAUUUUACUCGUGAAAUUUCAACCUCCUGCCUCUCCGCACCGAUUUUUCACACAGAGUUUCGAACUUGUUCCCGUUUCAAAAUCUGGGCUUUUUACGGCUCCCAAGUGUGUUUGAUUCGGAAAUGCGGGAUUGAAAUUGGGGAUUGCAUGAGCUGAAUUUGAAUUGGUUUUUUUUUUUCUUUUCUUUUUUUGGGAUUUUCGGAAACGAUCGAUGAAGUGGCGAUGUGGUCUGUGAAAGAGGAAUGGAGGUUAGAUCUGAGGGCGGUUUACAGGUGCGAUGCGAUAAGAUUCCAGCGCCGGUGAUUGGGCGGACGCGGUUGCAGGUGUGGUUCAUUCGGGUGUGUUCGAGCUUGUUUCUGUGGACGUGUUUGGUCCAGUUAGUGGCGGUUGGGGAGCUAUGGCAUCCGCGUUUGGUCUCCAAUAUAACCCAUCGGAUAUCCGAAAUCACGCAGCUUCCACUUCCUGCGGUUCCCUCGCCGCCGCCUCUUCUCCCCGCCAGAAAUUAUACAAGUAAUGGGUUUCUUAGAGUUUCCUGCAAUGGGGGCUUGAAUCAAAUGCGUGCUGCGAUUUGUGACAUGGUCACAGUUGCCCGGCUUUUAAAUCUUACAUUGGUUGUUCCAGAGCUUGAUAAGACAUCUUUCUGGGCUGAUCCUAGUAAUUUUGAGGAUAUCUUUGAUGUAAGACAUUUCAUUGAUUCACUGCGAGAUGAAGUUCGAAUUGUCAGAAGACUUCCAAAAAUGUUUAGUAGAAAAUAUGGAUAUAAGCCGCUCCAGAUGCCUCCUAUUAGUUGGUCAAACGAAAAAUACUACCUGGAACAGAUUUUGCCACUUAUUAGCAAGCAUAAGGUGGUGCACUUUAACAGAACAGAUGCACGUUUGGCAAACAAUUUGAUACCUCCUGAUCUUCAGAAACUCCGGUGUCGUGUUAAUUUCCAGGCACUGAAGUUCACUCCUGAGAUCGAGGCUUUAGGGUACAAAUUGGUUCGUAUACUUCAAGAAAAGGGACCUUAUGUGGCUUUGCAUCUAAGGUACGAGAUGGACAUGUUGGCUUUCUCAGGUUGUACUCAUGGCUGCACUGAGGAAGAAGCUGACGAGCUCAAACGAUUAAGAUACGCAUAUCCUUGGUGGAGAGAGAAAGAGAUAGUGUCUGAAGAGAAGAGAUCUCAAGGUCUGUGUCCUCUAACACCCGAGGAGAGUGCAUUAAUUUUGCAAGCUUUGGGUUUUAGUACGGACACACAAAUCUAUAUAGCAGCUGGUGAUAUUUAUGGUAGUGAAAGGAGACUGGGCCCGCUACGAGCUGCAUUUCCACAGAUUGUUAAGAAGGAAACGCUUCUUGCUCCGGAGGAGUUGCAACAGUUUCAGAAUCAUUCAUCUCAAAUGGCAGCUUUGGAUUUUAUAGUUGCGGUAGCUAGUAAUACUUUUGUUCCUACAUAUGAUGGGAACAUGGCGAAACUUGUUGAAGGUCAUCGAAGAUACCUUGGGUUUAAAAAAAGCAUCUUGCUGGAUAGGAAAAGACUUGUGGAGUUGUUGGACUUGCAUCUUAAUGGAACACAUUCAUGGAAUGAAUUUUCAGAUGCUGUACGAUCCAUACACGAGAAAACAAUGGGACAGCCAACUCGACGCAGAGUUAUUGCAGACAGGCCGAAGGAGGAAGACUAUUUUUAUGCAAAUCCGCAGGAGUGCCUCUGCGAGGAACCAAAUUGCGACGACUUGCUUAGCCCUGGCAACUCAAGUAAAACCGGGUGACUGCGAGCGAUCAAAUCGGGAUUCAACCUUCCACAGAAUUGUCUUGAAGAGAGGGGUAAACAAAUCGAUGUGGCUUUUCAUAUUAGUAAAAGCAUGUACACACACACACGAGAGUUUUGUAGGGAACGGUAUAAAAAGGAUUCGAGUUCCCCAUUUGGGCGUCCAAAGAUGUAUUCAUUCGUUUCUAAUCUAUCAAUUUGUCCAUAUGAUUCUUUCGUUUU